AUGAACCUCCUCGUGUCUCACGCGUCAUCAGCUGAUCAUCUCAGCAAUAUCGCAAGUUUUGCAGAGCAGCAGCACGACGUGGUACUGCAGCGACUGAACGCUUCCGCUCCGGUGAUCGGCGCCGCCGCCUAUGCAGAGCCGCUGGCAGCUGCAUUAGUGUCUGCGGCUUAUCCGCCGGAAGUGGCAGCUGCGGCUGACAGGCCGGUGCAGGGUUUUGCCCAUCUUCUGUCGGAGCCCAUUGAGAUGCCGAGCAUGUGCUCUCUGGAGGACGACGAAGAUGCUUUCUGGAAGGACAUGCUGCUAGAGAGCAGCAGCUUGCCACUAUGA